AUGAUUCAUCCACCAGGCUGGGAUUCCUGUCUCCUUAGAAAUCAAGGAUACAGAGAAAUUGUGGCUGCAGCAAAGUCAUGGCCACGUCUGCUCCAACAGAAGGACUUGGAAUUAGAAAGAGAACUUCAGAGUCUUAACAAACCUCCUGUCAAAACCAUUCAGCUCGACGGUGAUAUCAUAGAUUGCGCAGACAUCAAUCAUCAGCCUGCCCUCGAUCACCCUUUACUCAAGAAUCACAAAAUCCAGCUAAGACCAACUUCAAUUCCAGCUACUCAGACGAAAAAAUCAGCCCUUGUGAAUAAACCAUUACAGGCAGGGUUUAUGCAGGCAGGAUGCCCUAAUGGAACAGUUCCUAUCUAUAGAACCACAAAGGAAUAUUUAACAAGGGCAAAAAGUCUUUCACAUCAGAUGUUUAGUAAUAUCAGCCAAAUUAAUGCUAUUGCCCCAAAUGUUCAUGUCUCACCAUCAAUCAAUGGUGGUAGCGAACCUCGAUUGUUUAUAUAUUGGACUUUAAAUGCGGAUAAGACGGGGUGCUUUAACUCAUUCUGCCAAGGGUUUGUACAAGUUGACCGAGACAUAGGCCCCAAAACUCGUUUCGAUCCGGUGUCUAGUUUUGGUGGAACAACAUACGAUUCCAAAUUUGCUAUCUACCAGGACUCCAUAUCAAAAAAUUGGUGGCUUGUGGUAUCAGACAAGAAUGUUGCGAUAGGGUAUUGGCCAAAGGAGCUAGUACCUAGUUUGGAAAUUGGGGCUGGAGAUGUUGGGUGGGGAGGAAUUGCCAUGGCUCAAGAGAACGAAAAUGCUCCCCCACUAGGCAGUGGCCAAUACCCAGAUGGCACGUAUCAACAUGUUGGCUAUUUCAGAGACAUACAUUUCAUGAAGGAUGGGCUUCACCCAAAAGUUCCAACAGACGCUGAUCCUGUAUUCGAAUCUCUCGAGUCUCAGCGUGAUACGAACGAAGCGUUUGUUGUCUCCGUCUCACGCUCGUAUGAGGUUUUUUCACGGGAGAAGUUCCGGCGGCUUAGUGAAGGAGUGGUCUUGCGGUCGACGCACUUGCUCUUCAUGGAGGACGAUGAGGAGCUACGGUUAUUGUUAGGGUUCGCUGCGCCGAUCGCCAGAGCACAGCGACUGCGACCAACUUCAUUUCCAGCUCCGGUGACUGAUCCGAUGUCCGAAACAUGGUCUAAGAGGGAAGCAUGCCCAGAUGGAACAGUUCCCAUACACAGAACAACAAAGGAUGAUUUAGAAAGGGCCAAAAAUCUUCAAGUAUUCGUAAAAUUGAAGGAAACACAAGGUGUCAAAUGCUUUGGAGUUUGGGGGAUUGGUUCUGUCUACAACCUAAGCUUGGAUUCAGAAGACCAAUCUAGCUCUGGCAAUGUUUUUGUCAUAAGGGGCCCGCGUAACGAACUUAAUGUUCUUGUUGCGGGCUGGAUGGUUUCACCAUCAAUAAAUGGCGAUCAACUGUCUCGGUUGUAUACUUAUUGGAUUGUAAAUAAUGGGAAGAUAGGGUGCUUUAACUUGCUCUGCGCAGCAUUUGUACAAAUCGACCGGACGUUUGCUCCCAAAAUGCCUUUGUCACCUGUGUCUACUAUUGGUGGACCAUCGUAUGAUAUGAAAGUCACUAUCUACCAGGAUACCCAAACAUCAAAUUGGUGGCUUGCAGUAACAGACAGGAACAUUACAGUAGGGUAUUGGCCAAAGGAAAUGUUACCUCAUUUAAGAAAUGGGGCUGGAGAAGUAGGGUGGGGAGGAACUGCCAUGGCUGCAACAAAACGUAGCCCCCCAAUAGGGAGUGGCCAAUACCCAGAUGACAAUUAUGACCGUGCAGCCUAUUUCAGAAACCCGCAUUUCACGAGGGGUUGGCUUAAAGAAGUGGUUCCUUCAGAGACUGAUCCUGUAUAUGAGUAUACAGGGCAAUCUGGCUGUUAUGGCUUAGAAAAUGGCAAGGAUACUAAGGUUGAGUUUUGGGGUUAUAGAUUUGAAUAUGGAGGGCCAGGUGGUGAAUGUGGGCCCUAG